AUGUCAACAUAUCAGAAUGAUACCAUAGCAACACAACAGGAAAUGGUGUAUUACAGGAUAACACAGCUUCAGGGAAGUUUGAUGGCUUCCGGUGUAAUAACGGAAGUGUUCCUUGCCGGGACUGGCCUUCUGGGAUACCUGGUGAAGUUGGUUGGUCCUAUCACAGUUUGUGUGACAAUAACCUCGAUUGGAAUCUCCCUGUAUCCGAUUCCGGUAUCCUACUGUAGUAGUUUCCUUCCCGUGGCUAUCUGUGCUUUAGCCAUGAUGAUUUUGUUCAUUAUGUACCUGGCACGAAUCAACAUUUCAACGCCCACAAUGAACUGCUGCAUGAAGAAAUCUAGAAAUGUAACGGAGCGCAAUAAGAGGACAAAAAUGCCCAUUUUUCAGUCAUUUUCGAUAUUCUUCACAGUGAUACUUAUGUGGGCGAUCUGUGGGAUUCUGACCUUUGCAGGUGUGUUACCUGAUGACCCCAGUGACCCCGCCUAUCGUGCCAGGACAGACACUCGCGGAGAUCUGAUAUCCUUGUCACCAUGGUUUUUCUUCCCCUACCCGGGCCAGUUUGGCCCUAUACGAUUCAACACAGCCCUGUUUGUAGGAUUCAUCAGUUCCUACAUGUCCUCUAAUGUGGAAUCUAUUGGGGACUAUAUGACGGUUUCCAGGGUAACCGGGACAUAUCCUCCACCUCUACAUGCAAUCAACCGUGGGAUACUCACAGAGGGCGUCCUUGGGGUGGUAGCGGGGGCCCUCGGGGCCGGGCAUGCUACUACCUCAUACAGCAGCAACACUGUUCUGAUAAAACUUACACAGGUGAGGUCACUUGAUAUAGAAAUAUAUAAAUAG